AUCACAACACACCUCUUCUCCUACAACAUAAGAACAGGUUCACUCCACCUGCCACCUCGAUACCUCGACUUACUCCUCUACAUCUACCUUUCCUACAUCCAACAUGUCCUCUACCCCAAAGACAUUCUGCGUUGACGCCGUCCUCUUCGACAUGGACGGUACGCUCACUGACUCCAUCGCCGCUGUCGAGGCCGCGUGGGGCAAGGUCGCAAAAGACAUUGGGCAGGACCCGGCCUACGUGAUCGCCGCCACUCACGGCAAGCGCGCCGUGGACAACCUCUCCCAGUUCAAGCCCCACAUCAAGUCGCACGAGAUGGACGUCGAGGUGCAAGCCUUCGAAGAGACCAUUCUCUACUUCGCCGACGCUUACAACAAGCACGGCCCCGGCUCGCGCCAAAACUCUCCGAUUGCCUCACCCGCUGGAUCGAGCACCAGCACUCCUGCACUCACGCCCGCGGCGUCGACGCCUUCGUCCCGCACCUCAUCUCGAGCGUCGUCAUUUGUUGGUGGCCUGAGCAACCUCACCGCGUUCCGCCGCCGCCCAUCAUUCCUCCACCGCGUUAGCAGCCUCCUCAUGAUGUCGGACGACCGAGCACGCAUCGUAGAGUCGUCAGUUGAAGAGGACGAGGAGACUACAUCAGAGCAGAAGGAGCAGACGAAGGAAGCGCUUCACCAGCUGCAAGCUUGGCAGCAGGAGGCAAUCGCAGUCGACCGCUCCGUGCGCAUUCUGCCCGGAGUCAAGCGGAUGAUCGAGUCCAUCCCCAAGGGUCGCUACGCAGUCGCAACAUCUGGCGCUAAGACAUAUGCGCACGGUUGUAUGACACGCGUCGGCAUCACUCCCCCUCCGGUGACCAUCACUGCCGAUGACAAGCGCCUCAAGGCAGGAAAGCCGGCGCCCGACCCGUUCCUGCUCGCUGCAGAGUGCCUUGGCUUCGAUGCCAAGAAGUGCCUCGUCUUCGAGGACUCGCCCUCCGGUAUCAAGGCCGGCGUUGCGUCGGGCGCGACAGUCAUCGCUGUCUGCACGUCGCAUGAGCGCGCGAAGAUCGAGAACUGUGGCGCGCACUACAUCGUCGAGAACAUGGACAAGGUCCGCUGCGACUCCGUAGAGGUCGACGGGCAGCUCCAGCUCAAGUUCACCGUUCUUGAGUGAGCGGGAGGAGUGGUCUUGGUCUUGACGAUCGGUUACGCAGCGGAAUUCUCAUAGCUACAUCUCCAUGUUUUCGUGCCUUCCAUGACUCGUGCUUUCUUUCUGG